CGCGCUGGAAUGCGCUGCGCGUUCUCGACACUCACACGUUCACUUUGACAGCUACGCCGACACUUCACCGAAGUUUCUCUCAUUUUUAAAUCACAUAUUUUCCUAUUUUGCCGUUACCUGGGGAUGUUGAUCAUCUGAAAGAAGGUGAAUACGCAGCAAGAUGUCCGUGUCCACAGAGGUGACCCCCGUGUUUUACACGAUGGUGCCGACCAUUAUUACUGGCAUCGUAGAGGGCCUAGAGCUGGAGCAGAAUGCUACAUCUUGUCAGUACUGGGAGGAGGCCCAUCAUCUGAUGUUCCACCUGGCCAAUGCAUGCCUGGCCUUGGGUGUGGCCAUCCCCACCACCCUUGGCCUACACAUGAUCCUGUUGCGUCUGAUGGUGAUGGUCGGAUGCUCACUCUUCAUCACUUGGGCAACACUGUACAGGUGUACUCUGGACAUUAUGAUCUGGAACGUGGUAUUCCUUGUCAUCAAUGGCAUGCACCUCCUGUACCUGCUGUAUAAAAGGAGACCAAUUAAGAUAGACCGGGAGCUGCACCAUGUGUAUAAGCGGCUGUUUGAACCGCUGCAUGUGCGAGAGGACCUGUUCCAGAAGCUCACAGGCCAGUUCUGCACCAUUCAGAUGCUGAAGAAGGGCCAGGUGUAUGCCGCCGAAGACAAGACCUCUGUGGAUGAGCGACUGAGCAUCCUGUUGAAGGGGAAAAUGAAGGUGUCAUACCGGGGUCACUUCCUCCACAAUAUCUACAGCAAUGCCUUCAUUGAUUCUCCAGAGUUCCGGUCUACUCAGAUGAACAGGGGUGAGAAGUUUCAGGUGACCAUCACGGCAGAAGAAAACUGCAAAUUCCUGUGUUGGUCCAGGGAGAGGCUGACAUACUUCCUGGAGGCGGACUCCUUUCUGAACGAGGUGUUCCGGUACCUCAUUGGGAAAGACAUCACCAACAAGCUGUACUCCCUCAAUGACCCCACACUGAGUGACAAGGCAGUGAAGAAGAUGGACCGCCAGCCCAGUCUUUGCUCUCAGGUGUCUAUGAUGCAGAUGAGGAACAGCAUGGCCAGCACCAGUGACACAGAUGAUGUGCUCAAAGAGUUCUUACGUGGCAGCUCUGCUAGCUCCUCCCUCCAAAAAUCCCCAGCGAUAAAAUCUUCUCCGAUGAAACCUAUUGAAGAGGCAAUGGAAGAUGAUGUCUUUGAUUCGGACUCCGUGACGCAAAAGCACUCUGCCCCCAGGACAUCCGUGGAAGACCUGGAGCAGGUCUAGGGUUUGAAUUUAAGAUUGUCACCUUCUCUUUCUUACCAUCACCUGAAAUCUUGCGCCCUGCUACCUGUCCUAUCCUGGCAAUGAAUUUAUAAUGGUGGAAAGCAG